AAAAUCUUUGCACAGCUCACAAAUAACAUACACAAAACAUAGAAAACGCAGUUGGAAACAAGCUACAAGUCACACACAACUAGUAGCCCCAAACUACAUGGAGUUGGUAAUGAAUCAGGGAACCCUAGGAUAAUUGUGGGGUAAUGGCUUGGUAUAGCAGACCUAGCUAUAAUCAUCCCAGGGGAAAAACAAAGAGAUAAAUGUGAUUGUGUCUGGGGGCUCAGUGUCAUGGAUAAUAGAGGUAUUAGUGGCUGGGGGUGUAAAUGGGUGCAGUGAUAGUGAUGUGUGAAAACAUUGAGGUCAACAGUGCCAUUGUCAUUGAGGGUAAAUACUGUAUUAGGGUUAAUAAGGUUGAGCUGGCCAAAGAUUGGGGCUCUGUUUGAAUCACAGAAGCCCCAAUAUGUUACUCUUCCUUCAAAAAGCGAACCCAUUAUGUCAUUGAGUUCAUAUUGAGGCCCCUCCCUGCCACCAGAACAUGCAUUAGCGCACAGAUGAUGUCUUUUGUACUGUGAUCUACAGACCUCCAUUAAAGCCACAGCAGCCAGAAUCACUGUGCCUUUAAGCCCCCAGACCUCCAUCCCACUCCCAUGGUUCAUGUGCCAUCUGUCAGGAUGGGCUCAUCUGAAAGGGUGGUGCUUAUGCCCAAACAAACCACAAGGUGGUACCUGGCUGGAACCCACUCCUGUGGUUCUCCUGAGAGACAGUAUCCAGCUGGACUGAAGAGAAGGAGAGAAAACAAAUGGAGAAAGGCAUCCGUAGGUAAUUACUCAUCUGUGUGCAAUAUGGAAUUGCACUGGUUAUAUCAAUUUGGUAGAAGAAUAACAGUUUAAGAGGAGUUUCCAUAACUACAAUGCCGAUCAUGCGUCUGUAACAUUGAAAAAUCAAUCUUAUAACAAUUUGUCAUUCAACUGUAAAAUGUCAUAAUCAAUUAUUACAUCUAAAUCACAAAGCUCACUAAUCGUGACAAUUUGAGAUGAACUAUUUGGAGAGCUGCCAGACAAAAAACGCUUGAAUGUACCAAAAAACGAAUUCAUAGGCUUACGAGUGAGAAAAUAGGUCGUCUGACAAUGGGGUGUGACCGUGUUGGGGUUGCGAUGCCCACAGUUGGCUUGGGGGGUCAUGAGCUGUCACCCCCUGGCUGCAUCCAUUCUCUUCUGAAACUAUUAAUUGACGGCCCGAAAGUGGUAAUAUAUUCAGACACAUUCUUCAGCGUUUAUAAUACAUUUAAGAAUAACUGGGCUAAACCAAAGACGCAUACGCCUAAUAAUGCAAUUUAUGAAAUAAUGUAGGCUUGUGUUUUCGUCAUUAUCCCGAUAACUCACUCGUCGCGCUGUCAAACUGCCAAUGGUUGUCAUGAUGGAUGUUUUUGGCGAACCUGAUUGGACGACACAAAUAAAUCUACUAAUUAAAUCUCCGAGCCUGGAUGCUGAUUUGUGCAGGAGAUUGCUCCUCACAGAAAGAAUCCGGCUCUGGUGAGAUGAGGGGACAGGAUGGCAACUCGAUCGGUGGACCGCAGCUGAAUACUCCUAAAAGGACACUUUUGCGGCUGUGUGUCCCAGCAGGUGGUGUGUGGCGCGGUGUGAGGGGAGGUCAUGCCCCUGGUCAAGAGGAACAUAGAGCCCCGGCACCUCUGUCGAGGGGGGCUGCCCGAGGGGAUUGGCAGUGAGCUGGAGUGUGUCACCAACAACACCCUCUCUGCCAUCAUACGGCAGCUCAGCAGUCUAAGUAAACAUGCGGAGGACGUCUUUGGAGAGCUUUUUAGUGAGGCUAACACAUUUUAUGUGCGUGCCAACGGUCUCCAAGACCGCAUCGACCGCUUGGCUGUCAAGGUCACCCAGCUGGAUUCGACUGUGGAGGAGGUCUCUCUGCAGGACAUCAACAUGCGCAAGGCAUUUAAAAGCUCUACAGUCCAGGACCAGCAGGUGGUGUCCAAGAGCAGCACGUCCAACCCUGUGGAGGACAUGUACAACACCAGCGACAAGCCUCCUUCUCUCAGCAUUCUCUCUGCUUACAGAGAUGACCACACCGAUGGAAUGAAGUUCUACACGGACCCAUCCUACUUCUUUGACCUGUGGAAGGAGAAGAUGCUGCAGGACACGGAGGACAAGAGGAAGGAGAGAAGAAGACAACGCGAGCAGAAGCGAUGUGUUGACGGCACACUUCAGCGCGAGGUGAAGAAGGUUCGUAAAGCCAGAAACCGCCGUCAGGAGUGGAACAUGAUGGCGUUCGACAAAGAGCUCCGCCCAGACCACCGCCACCCUCACUCUCUCCACCGGGGGGCGUCGUCUGAGGGCUCCCUCUCCCCAGAGAGCAGAUAUGGUCAUGACCUGCCAGACUACCCAACUGCUCCAAGCCUUCCACAUUCUGCAUCCAACCAUGCCCUGGCUCACCCCUACCCGCCUGCAGACAUUCACGAGUCUGUAGAGCAUGAGUACCACAGCAUCGGAGUCAGUUACAGAGAAGGGGCUCUCAACCGCACACACCACUCCCCACCUCUGCAUCGCUCCACUGAGAGAAUAAAUGGCACUAUGACGCUUCCACCUGCGGACUACAGUAUAAUGGAGUACUAUGCCAGUUCCGGACCACCAUCCCCUCCCCCAGCCCCUCUUAUCCCAUCUGCACAGACAGCCUUUGGCUCGCCCAUGGUAUCCCCCACCCCCCUUACUGGACCUAGGACAGGGGCCACAGGCUAUGGUCUCCCACCCCUACCUCCCCAGGACCUCGUAUGAUUCCACCUCCCCCAGGUCCCCCUCCACCACCAGUACUCCCUGCCCCACCCCAACUGGCAGGACUCGGUGACGGGAAGAGACAGGACACCCAGCCUCGAAGUGACCUUCUGUCAGCUAUUCGCAUGGGCAUCCAGUUGAAAAAGGUGCAGGAGCAGCAGGAGCAGCAGGCUAAGCGGGAGCCUGUGGGGAACGACGUGGCCACCAUCCUGUCCCGUCGCAUCGCAGUGGAGUACAGCGACUCGGAGGACGACUCCGAACUGGAAGAGAACGACUGGUCCGACUGACCCUGACCCCGUGCUUUACAGUGACCUCACACCAUGGACACAUCGCUCCUCCAGCCUAGCUAUCCCACAAUGGUGAUGAUGCAAUACAGAUGAAUUAUGGGAGUCAUAUUUUCAGUAUGCAUUAAGUGGGUAUAGGCUGAGAACCCACUUGCAUUUUAGUGUAAGUCCUGUAUGUGAGUGGACAGGACUUAAAAUGAAGACAAAUUAGUGUCCUGAUGAACUGAGAUUCAGCUGAAAUCACUCAAAGGUACACGGACCAAAUAACCAAGUAGUGAAUUUCCCUUUUCCCUACAGAGCUGUCUAAUCUCUCUUUAUCAGACACCAACGUUACCAUUUCAUCUGACAUAGAUCACCAACACUGUAUUCUCAAUGUCACUAACCUCAUUUAUGAUUUGAUCUGGAUUUAGAAACCAUUAGAAAGGCUUGAGGUUCUCUCUGUAGCUUAGACUGGCUCUGAACAGACAUAGCGGGUACGUUCCAGCCCGACUGUGUUUAAGAUGCAACCAGUGACAAUAAUUAUGAAUUGCUUGUCAAUGUAAACAUGCCUCUUCACAUGUAUUCCAGAAAUACAUUUGAUAUGAUAUGCAGAUCAGCAAGCUGUCCACUGAGUGGCACUGUGCUCACGUUUAAUGCUUACUAUUUGAAUGAUUCAUUUUUGAGAUUUGAUAAUAAAAAUGAAUUCUAGAUUUCUAGCUAUCAACAAACUGCAAACGUUUGCAUCAUGCUGAAAUGUUGAAUGAAGAGUGACAGGGUGACAAUGUGAGUAGAUUACCUUAAAUAGACCUCAAACAAGUCAAGGACUUCAUACUGCAUGAGGUCUCUAAUAUACUGUUUAGACAGGCUCCUAUUUGACUAGAUGUACUGCUGUGACACCUGUGCAUGAAUUCCAUACGAGACAUCUUUCGUACAAAUGGAAUAGUGGGAAUAAAUGUUUGUUUGCAGUGAAAAACAAUAGUUGACAAGGGCAAAUGUAGUUAUUUGAAAUGUUUGCAUAAUAGCCCAAUUUCUGUGCUAUUGCAACCCACAAAAACGAUAACUCUGAAUGGAUUCAAAUUCAGUAAGAACAUCAGAAAGAAUUUAAUAUUUAGUCAAUUCUGAUAUUGAAUAACUGAAUUUGGUAAAAAUUAUGAUGGAAAAAGACAACCAUUGGGUAACCAAUGUUUA